AUGUCUAAGUUACGACUUGCCACCGCCGCAAACGUACAAGCAUUUCACAGCUUACUCCAUGCUCUCGACGUAAAUCAGGGCGAUUUGGCCAUCACGAUAGAUGCCGAAGCACUUGAGGAUGAAUUUGGCCGAUUGAGAGUCUGGUCUGGAAAUUUGGGUGCCUUACAAAAAGGGCACAGUUCGCUCGACUAUCGAUUACGCGACUCCCCGCUCCUGUCUGGCAAUGCCCUCAAGCUCCUGCAGGAGCUUGAACAAAACCUCACAGAAGCAUACGCUAUAGUAUCUGGAGCGCGUCUACCCUAUGAACAGCAACCGAGGUCAGAAGAUGUCACUGGGGAAGAAGACGACGACAGCUUCUUCAGUGACGAUGAAGAUAACGGCGGAGGCGAUCAAGGACCCGAAAGGUCCAAGACUGAAAUGAGCAUGCGUUUCUCGGAAGUUGUGGAUAUCAUCGACAAUCUAUACAAGCUGAGUGUCCGUAUCAGAACACCUACGAUACGUCUGAGAUCUCUCAAAGCAGCAUCUUACGCGCCAAAGGAUCCCGAAACAGGUGUCGACAUCAUGAUUGCGUAUGCUAAAUAUGAUGAUGCGCACAUCACGGAGGUUCUUACAGCCCUACGACGGCCUUUCGUAACGGAGGCGCAAGCUGAUGAAGAUUUUCUCUCGGCACGGCUGAGCGCAGCUAUCACGUUGCGAAGACGACAGUUCAAAUACUGGAAGCGACAUCGAGAUAAAUUGGGUGCAACGACAACGUCUGAAGAAGGGUCUAUGCCUAUGGCACCGUUUACGAAGCUUCCUGUUGCCUCCUUGAAAGAUGAAAAUAUACCAAACAAACUUGAAAAUCCAAAGGUGGUCUUGUCAAAGGAAGCCCAGAGUCAGAAAACUGGAAAAACAUUGCUGUCAGGUACGGAAGCGACAUAUUAUCAUCAGUCUUUGGACGAAAUUGUCGAUACGAAAUCCGUUACCAGCUACGCCGUAACUGUCAAAGACAUACAAGGUCGAGGUGUAGAUCUACCACCACCUCCCACAGCAGCUACUGGUGACAGAGAUUUCGAAUGUCCCUACUGUUACAUCAUCUGUCCGGCGCGAUACGGUCGGGGACGCGCCUGGAGGACUCAUAUCCUUCAAGAUUUGCAACCAUACUGCUGCACAUAUGCAAAUUGUGAUCGAUCAGAACGGCUCUUUCGCAGUCGAAGGGAGUGGAUUGAGCACGAGGCCAGCCAUCGCAAAGUUUGGAGAUGUCCAGAACAUCCGGACGCGGUUUACAAAUCUGAGUCAGGUUUGGAAGGCCAUCUCCGGCGGGAACAUCUUGCUAGCUUCCCUGAGAGUCAAUUGCCAACAAUUGUGAAGGUUGGGGAAACGACUACUGUGGAUGUGCGGAAGAGUUGUCCAAUUUGUUUCGCUCCUGCGGAUACUGACGGUCUGGGUGACUUCCAAAGUCAUGUAGCGAAUCAUUUGGAGCGGAUGGCAACAUUCGCUCUGCCCAGUGGCGUAGGGGGAGAUUCCGAUGGUGCAAGUGGCGUUGCAAGCCGCGGCGGUUCCGGCAGUACAGUUUCACAUAUCAUCACGAAUCCAACGACUGAAAGCGAUGAUUCAAUUCAGGAUGUAUCGAAAAUGGAUGAAUGGGACAUUGGUGAUGAUAUAAAGACCGCCCAGUCAUUCAAUCCGGAACUGGAAACAGGAAUCGAACGAGCUGUUUUGUCGGCCGAAAUUCUACAGCAACUACCAGACUUGAGUCUCAAUCGAGUGGACAUGGUAGCAAGCCACCUUAAAUUCACGGAUGAUUCUGAGAUAGCUAGAGAGAUUAACAGCCAGUCUGACGAAAACGAAAACGAAACUAGCAUUUUGGAUGUUAACCAGGAAGAAGAGACUCCAGCCGAGCUUGAGAGGCAUCUCGAGCAACGCGAGGCUUUCAAAGUCCACCUCUUAUCGAUGCCAGGAGCUACAAUGGUUCGAUUUUACAAACGUUAUGGCUCUUGGACUGGGCGUGCAAGCUUUACGGACGGUGCUGCAGCUACGGAAGCAAUGAAACUAUUCAACAAAGCCCAAUUCCCAAAGAUCAUACUUCGUCAGAGCGCGAAGUUUCCGGAAAUACUCAAGUUCGUCUCACCAAAUCUAUCUCACGGCAAGAAGGCUCCACCGAAUCGACGACCAACCAACAACACAGAGGAUGCUGGUGCUGAUCGAAGUGAGUCACCAGCGUCUGUGGCAUACGAGGACGAAGAGCAAAGAUCAAGAAAACUCCCUGCCAUCGGUAUAUCCGAUAUCCCUACAUUAAGUUCCCUAUACCGAUCCCGCAAGCUGCUUCAAAGCGAGCAGAGCUACGCGCCUAAUGAUACUUACAACCAGAUGAUAUCCUUUUGUUAUUACGAUUUGACACGGCUUAAAGUCGAUGCAAUUGUAAACAGCGCCAAUUGUGGACUUUUGCCAACAAAAGCAGAAUGGACCCUCAACAAUGCUGUUCACCGAGCUGCUGGUCCAGGCCUAUUGCAGGAGACAAAGUUCAAAGCCAAGCUCAAGGCUGGGCAGGCUGAGCUCAGUCAUGGUCAUAAUCUGCCCAGUGAUUGGAUUAUCCAUGCUGCGAGGCCACAAUAUGCCAAAAGUAAGGGUAUGGGCCAAUUUAAUGUGCUUACCGAGUGCUACCGCAGUGCCUUGAAAAUUGCAAAAAAUCAUGUAUUCAAGACGAUAGCAUUCCCAAGUCUAGGCGCUGGCGGAUGUGGGUUUCCUCCGCGCAUAGCUGCGCGCAUAGCCCUACAAGAGGUUCGUGAGUACCUCGACGCACAUUCUGACUAUCCAUUUCAGCGUAUAGUGUUUUGUGUCAACAGCGAAAUUGACAACAAAGCAUACAUGGAAUUCUUCCCAGUUUUCUUUCCACCGACACAAACGGAUUUGGAUCCAGCCAGAAGACCAAGUCAUUAUGCCAACCUGGCUACCUUGGCGACUCAGGUACUUGAAACUCGCAGGCAGCUGCAAGUGGCCAGAGAGAGAUUUCCCGCAGAAUUUAGCUUGCUUGUUCCAGACUUCGACAGCAACAUUAUCAGCGAAUUCAGUUCCAUGGAUGCUUCCUUGGCGUCGUUCCGCACCUUUCUACUGGGACCUCAAGAAAUCGACACGAUCCUGGACGAUGUCACUCCAAUUUACUCAGUAUUGCAAACAACAUGCCAGCGAAUUAUGGAGACUAUUGACAAGACAAAUGACACGAGAGGCGCAUGGGAGAACUAUGAAACCUACUGGGACAGAUACAACCGGCACAUGAGAGAUAGUUACGGCACAGAUCUUGUCCAGAUGCUAAUGGCCUGUCGAAAGUCCGUGAAACACCUGGAUAAGAUUGUAGCAUAUAAUGGAACUGAAACCGAGGCGACAUUGGGCUGGAGCGAUACAUUGGGGGACUCUGGCGCUCUACAGGAAGGACGUGAUAAUCAAAAUGUCCGUUUCCAUACUGACAAGGUCUCACACGCCCGCGAAAUUCGUCAGAAAGGCGGUGAUCAACGACAGAACACUGUCAAAUUAGAACAAAUUACCUCCUUGGCCAAACUCUAUCAGCUUGGUGAGCUCAGCAGGAGGUCUACGACAGUCACUCCUUCGGCUAAAUUGAACCACUCUGUCUAUCUAACGAGAGAGGAUAUAACACGAUUAGAGGUUGACAUCAUGGUCAACUCGACAGAUGAGUCAUUUUUGGGCAUGGGCACGCUUGACCGAAGCGUGUUCAAGAAGGGCGGCCCCGAACUACGCGAUCAGGUCCAGUUUUUCGGCACAUGCCAAGAAGGCGAUGUCAAACUCACACCAGGCUAUAUGCUGCCAGCAAAACACAUACUUCACACAAUUCCACCUGAGCAGUAUGGGAGGGAAACCCAAGAUAUUAUGCGAGGUAUAUACCGCGAAGUCCUUCACACUGCCAUGUUGAUGCGAGCCACUUCGGUUGCGUUUCCAAGUAUCGGGACAGGCAUGCUAAACUAUCCACGACGCGACAGCGCCUCCCUAGCCAUGGAAGAGGUGAAGAGCUUCCUGGAGUCAGCAGAUUCCACCAAUUCAAUCGAGAAGAUCAUAUUCGUGGUGUACAGCUCCGAUGACGAAUUUGUCUACAAAAGUCUUCUGCCAGUCUACUUCCCGCCAGUGGAAGAUACGACAGAGUCGUUCUCAAAGAGAGCAGUAAAGGUCAAGAGAACAUCGAUGACCGUAGAGCCCACGGGAACCUCUCGUCGUACGCUAUUCAGUUCUAUUGGUGAAGCACUUCGCCACGUGCGUCCUGACAAGCAGCCAGAGAUCUCUCGAGAUGUUAAUAGCGACGAAGAACAUUAUCUCAUUAGUUUCGAAUCGCAUGCAGAAGAAUGCACAAUCUGUAAAAACAUCGAUCAAUUAUACGCACAAGGUCUCAAGCUUUGUUCGAGAGGCUAUGCUCAGGCUCAGCUCCUGCUCGCGCAUAUGCAUAUGAUUGAGGACCAGAGCAUUCACACAAAACCCAAUCAGAAUGGACACUACGCCAAAUUGAUGGUUCCGCCAGAAUUGUACCCAUUGUCCGUCAAGUUGCUGCAAACUGUGGAAAAGAGUUUCCGGGACAACGAAGCGGAUACGCCAUUUGUAUCACUGAGCAAGAAUUACGCGGAAUACUCUAUGCAAAGCUCCAAGCGGUCAAUUUCACAAGAAGAUGACUCUCAAAAAUCCACGUCUGUGUCAUCAAGACAGAAACAAGAGUCAGCGCAAACAAAUUCUCAAACAACUGCAGUAUCAGCGGAUUUGGAAGGAGGAAAGGCAUCUCAUGAGCAAAGCGGUGGGACAUUUGGUGGUCUACCAUCUCGAAUCAAGAAAUUAAUGGGUAUGACUUCGAGCAUGAGCUCUAGCUCCCGUACCAGCUCAGCUCAACGGAGUUCGACGACAUCGGAGACUGAAGCGAAGCCGAUCAACGUCACAAAGGAUUCACUCGAAAAUACUGAGAUAUCCCAACCUGGUAUCAUGGCACCGCCAGUAGCCCUCAGCCCUCUUGCGCAGAGAAUCGUCGACCACAUGACCCACGACCUCAGGACCCGGCCUGGCUCGUACCUUGGCCAAACCAUUGCCGACAUUGUAAGCAGCGUCGACACGAUUGGUCAGUCGCCGCUGGAAACAUUGAAAGCAGUGCAAGACCUCUCGGCAAAGGGCUACAUCCACAACACCACAGAUCAAAAUACCUGGGUCCUCUCGCACCCCCCGUCACAUCUCCCGCCUCUUUCGCGAGACCAGAUUCACGAUUCGUCAUUGGAGUUGCCUGCGAAUAGCGAGAUGCUGCAAAGUAUGACUCCGAUCAAGGCUAGAGUCCUCUCGUAUCUUGACACGGCCACGGCUCCGACGGAGCCUCAGCGCGGCCGCACGAUUCACAACAUUGCAACAGCACUUGAUGUAGACACCAUGUCCGUCUGGGCAGCGAUACGCGAAUUGGAGCCAACAGGAUACAUUCAGCGGUCUCCCCCCGGUGGGAAUGCCUGGAUCCUCGUCCCACGUCACCGCGACCACAGAGACCUCGAGUAA